AUGCCCAUUAUUCUGGUGCCCCCCGAGCGCAAGAAGCAGUCCGCUGACUUGCUCUCCAGGCUGGAAGCUGCCACCACGCGGCUGGAAGACAUCGCGUCGUCGACAAUAGAGCUCCCCCACGCCGUUCCUGCUCUGGCGCAUACCAUCCCGACGCCACUGGGCCAGUCUGGCGCCGCCAGCCCUGCACCACUGCCGCCUGUCUCGUCCUCGACUCCCUCUCCAGCUCCGAAACAGACGCCCCAAGAAACCCUCCCCGAGUCCGUCGAAGAGUUCGACGCCUUCAUCAGCCAAUCCGUGGAUAAAUAUGUCAAGGCAAGCAACAAGCUGGGCGGCCUGGUCGCUGAGCAGGCUGCCAAGGUUCUCGAGGGCUUCAAGCAGCAGCGCAGGUUCUUGUUGAUAGCUACUAAAGCCAAGAAGCCCGACAUUGCUGGCUCCGAGAUGGCCGUGUACCAAGACCUCCUGAAGCCCAUCAACGAGGCCCUGAUGGCCGUCGGAAGCAUCAAGGAGUCCAACCGCGGCUCGCCGGUCUUCUCCCAGCUGAGCGCCGUCUCGGAGGGUAUUAUGGUACUCGCCUGGGUCACGGUGGACAACAGGCCGUUCAAGCACGUCGAGGAAUCUCUGGGCUCCGCACAGUUUUUUGGGAACCGAGUGUUAAAGGAACACAAGGACAAGGACCCCGAUCAAGUCGAAUGGAUCCAGUCAUUCUACCAAGUAUUCCGUGAUCUUGCUGAAUAUGUCAAACAAUACUUCCCCAAUGGCAUACCCUGGAACGCGAUGGGACAACCGGCAGCUGAGGUCGCCAAGUCGACACCAGCGUCUGGCUCCUCUGCCGCUCCGCCUCCCCCUGCACCUCCAGCUGCCGCAGGUGGUCCUCCUCCGCCGCCGCCACCACCUCCCGGCCCGCCGCCCGUCCUACAGAUCAAUGAGCAAGCUCCAGCCCCUAAGUCCGACAGCGGUCUAGGCGCGGUGUUCAGUGAGCUGAACAAGGGCAGCGAUAUUACGAAGAGCCUUCGAAAGGUCGACAAGUCGGAAAUGACACAUAAGAACCCGUCGUUGAGGACAGCAUCUACUGUAACAGGCGAUUCAUCGGUUCGGGGGAAGAGCCCCUUGCCUGGCAAAAAGCCCAAGCCUGAAAGUAUGCGGGUUAAGAAGCCGCCGAAGAAGGAACUUGAUGGUAACAAGUGGACGAUCGAAAACUAUGAGAAACACUCGGAGCCCAUCGAGAUCGAAGUGUCAAUGUCACACUCGGUCCUGAUCAGCAAGUGCAGCCAGACCACAAUAAUCCUCAAGGGCAAGGCCAACGCCGUCACGAUCGAGAACACGCAGCGUCUGUCGCUCGUCAUCGACUCCCUGGUGUCCACCGUCGACGUGGUCAAGUCGUCCAACUUCGCGCUGCAGGUCAUGGGCCAGCUGCCGACGGUGCUCCUGGACCAGCUCGACGGCGCCCAGGUGUACCUGAGCAAGGAGAGCAAGUCGACGCGCAUCUUCACCAGCAAGUCCUCCAGCGUCAACGUCAACGUCAUCGAGGGGCCCGACGACGACUACAAGGAGAUGCCCCUGCCGUUCCAGAUCUGCUCCUACUACGAUGAGAAGAAGGGCGAUAUGGUGAACGAGAUCGUCGAUCAUGCUGGCUAG